UGCUGAUGAGCUCUUAAUAAAAAAUAAUUUGUUUGAUUCUCACUUAGUGUGUGAUCUUUGAUAAUAAAAUUUCCACUACAAUCUUGGCGUUGUCUGGCAGGAUAUGUUGAGUGACUGACCGGAGGACAAGAACCCGUGAUUGGCCAUCCUGAAAGACACUUCAGCCCCUGGGUCAGUCUUAACCAUCAGGGGACGGCAGAGGGACUUCGUUCAGGCACCACUGAUAUCCAGAACGAAGUCUGUGUGUGGAGCAGCACCCAAAUCACACACAGAACGAUUACAGGCGCUGAAGGUGGAUCCAGAUCUGGACUCCUGUCCCCCGGUGUUACAGCAGCAGCAGCCCCAGCAGCCUCAGCAGCGUCGUCCAGUAGAGGACCGACGGAGAGAUGAGACAUCGGGUCCCGCUGACUCCACCCACAGCCAAGCUACAGGGGGAACCGAAAGACCAUCAGCAGAGAUGGCCAGCCCUUCACACACCAAGUCCGGGAAAAUCUACGGACCGGAGGUGUCAUCAACCUCCCCUUUUUACAGAUUUGGGCAGGCUGCAAAGGACCUGUUUUUGGGACAAAAUACUGCUGAAGAUGAAGACACUGAGAUUUUUAGUGCCCCCAUGGUGGAAGUAUCAGGACCCACCAGCCCCAUACUGGUUUAUCGCCCUUGGUCCCCCUCUGAAAUCAUGGAACAUGCUAAAAAUCUUCCUGACCCCACUGAAGAUGGUGAGAAAGCUAGCGAGGAAUGGAGAGCUUUCUGCCGUGAACACCGCCCCACUGGACUUGAACUGAGAAAAAUUCUUGCUAAAGUGCUCACUGCUAGUGAUCUGGCUAAGAUCCGUCCCCACCUUCCUCCUGAUAACACCUGCCUGAAAAAUCCAGACUGGGACGAUGAUCCGAACCGACCCUACAGAGAAGCCAUCACCGCACUCUGUGAUGGCAUAAAGACUGUGUUCCCUAAUCGAGGAAGUCUGGCUGCCCUGAGAAAUCUGAUACAGGGCCCAGAUGAGCGCAUGGAGGCCUUUCUGCACCUCUGUGAAACUGUUUUCACCAGACAUUCUGGCCUGGAGCGCCCUGCAGGAGACCUGAGAGGUGCUCCAGGGCCAUGGGAACGCCUCCUCUGCCAGACGAUCGUUGAGGGGAUGAACAGAGAUGUGUUGGAAGUGGUGAAGAGACAGUGA